AUGAGUCGCAAAUUUGUACCCUUUAUCUUAGCCUUGAUUCUCUUCUCCGCCCUAGUCUCGGUUGAAGCUAACUCAUGUUGUUCUCAUAAAAAACGAAGUUACGACCUCUUGGAUAAAAGAAAUAAAGGCGAAUCAUCAAAAUGUCCGUGCGCUCUCGCCGAAGCAGCAUUUUCAGAUAAGGUCAAAGGCAUCACAGUUUUCAGUCAAAACGAAUGUGGAAUAACUACCAUCACCGGCUUUUUGACGGGUCUGGUGGAUCCUUGUAAGAAUAAUUACACUUUCUUUAUCGUCGACCGUUGCGGCAAUGUUCUCGAUGACUUGACGAACGUCUUACAUGCUAAAAUCAAUAACGACGGUACCACACAAUUUACGGCGAAGGAUGAUAAACUCAACCUUAACUGCGACAAAGAUGGCAUCCUCAACGCUUUUUGCAGCAAUAAAACGACAACAACUUCUUGCUAUCCAACAACGACAGCAACAUAUCACAAAUACUAUAAGCGCGACACCGGCUCGAGCAUGCGAAUUAAUCAGAAUGGUGGACCAUACGCUUUGGCAAAUAUUGGUGGCAUUUAA